AUGGCUGUCGACGAGUCGGUUUCGACUGUGGUGGAUGUGGGGUCUGAGCCUACUGUUGAAAAGAAAUCCAAUCCCUCUGAGGGAUCAUUAGACAGUGACUCUGAUGAUGGAAAGACUCCCCCACCACUGCUUGCAAAGCUAUGUGCGGUUAUUUUGAUAUCGUGUAUUAGCUUUGGCUCGCAUUGGAGUUCUGGUGUCACCGGUGCAAUGAAGAGCACGAUCAAAAAGCAAAUGCACAUUGACAAUGUUCAAUUCUCACUUCUGGAGGCAAGCGAGGAUUUCAUGGCCACGGUGCUGCUUCUGGCCAGUGGUAUAGUUACCGACCGAAUCGGCGGAGCUGAAAUGAUCGUCUACGGAAACGUCGUAUACACCAUCGGAUCGAUCCUCGUCGCUGCUGCCACCACCGUUCGCUCGUUCAACUUCAUGAUCGGAGGUCGGAUCGUCCUUGCACUCGGUGACAUCGCCACACAAAUCGCUCAGUACAAGAUGUUUUCUUCCUGGUUCCCUCCUAGCAAUGGGUUCGCUUCCACACUCGGGUUUGAGCUUGCUAUCGGCAAGAUCGGUGGAUUUGUUGGAAAGUCGACGGCCAAUAUCAUCGCGAAGAAUACCGGUAACUUCGCAUGGGUGUUUUGGACAUCGGUCUUCAUGAACCUAUUCACGAACUUUGCUAGUGCCGCAUUCUGGUUCUUCAACAAGUACAGCAACCGUAGGUACAAGGGCCGCUAUGACGCAGCCACCAAGGAGCAGCUUACAGAGAAGAACAAGAAAUUCGAAUUCCGGAAGAUGUUCGAGUUACCCUGGAUGUUCUGGUCCAUCAUGGCGUUCUCUGUGUUCCAGACAAGUUCGGCCUCCGUCUUUAGCCAAAAUGCCACUGAGCUAGCUGAGAAGCGGUUCAACGUUGAUUCUAUCAAAGCAGGAUGGUAUAGCUCGCUGUCGCAGUAUGCAGGUUUCUUCCUCGUUCCUUGUGUGGGUAUUUUCAUCGAUGUGCUCGGCAACCGAGCAUCUGUCUUAUUCACUUGUGGCCUCGGCAUGCUGUUGAGUAUGGCGCUCAUCAACUUUGCAACAUCCGAAGCAGGCACAGGAGCUUCGUUCGGCAUUUAUGCCGUUGCCCUAUCCUUUGGACCAACUUCUGUCAUUGAUAGUAUUCGAACCACGCUCUGGCACCAAUCUGUGUUCGGGUCUGCAUAUGCAUUAAAGGUCACCAUGAACAAUGCAAUGAGCAUCAUUAUUCGCAUCAUCACCGGAGCUUUGCAAGACGCAGAUGACGAUUCAUACCGCCGAGUGGUACAGGUAUACCUUGUGCUUGCUGCUGGAUCCUUGGUGGUUGGGUCAGCAAUUCUGAUCGGUUCAUUCAUGACCGACAACUUGGCACCACUUCAAUGGACUCGAAAGAAGCGAUUGAGUUCAGGAGCGGCGAUUAUUGAAAGGAUUCGAGAGCGGAGCCUGGUCACUGAGCGCCGCCGCACACGCAACAUCUCCAUAGUCAGCUUUGGAGCGCUGGCGCUGUUGGUUCUCGGGGCUUGGACGGCAUAUAUUUGGGGUGCUGUGACUGGCAAUAACUCGUAG